UUACCAAGUAACCACGUUCAUAACAACUCUAUGAUAAAACCUGACUCAUUGUUAAUCAGUUGUCCGGCGGAUUCGAGCAGGUAGAGGCGCGUUGUGCUCGGCUCCGACUCGCGGCGUGUUUUCUCAACAUCCACAAGUGGUUAUCUUCACGUUUUUUAUUGUUUACAAAAAGCAGCCGCACAGGAAUUUGAUAAGAGCGAGGAAAUCUACCUACCUGUGAAUAGUGUGUGUGUAUGUGCGUUUGUAAUCAAUGUUUAUCUAGACUUCCAAUCGAUAUCGAUUGUCCUUGGUCAAAAAUUGGAUACCUGCUAUGAUAAUCAACAUUUGGUGAUCGUAGUAACAAUGCCAGCAUUAUGGGUUUCACGGUUCGGUUCAUGCUAGGUACGGUCCUGGUUUUGCUAUGCUUUUGGUCAAUUCAAACCACACCAUUAAACCGUUCAGUUCGACAAGUCAGUGAAAAUGGAAACAAUCAGACCACUGAGAAACUUCAAGAAGCUCAAACUGAAAACAGAACUCAAAGUGUCGUAGCGAAUCUCACCGAAGAUGAUAACAAUAAACCAAAGACUGAUUUUAGUAUUGAUCAUAACACAACUAUAGAUAAACAAAAUAGCGUAGUAGGUAAAUUACAGAAAUCUGAAUCUUUUAAAAAGGCAGUACCUCAAGCAGAAAUUGGGAGAUCAAUCGACAUAGAAAAAUUUGUAUCGAAAGACUUCCACAAUAAGAACAAUGUUUACACGGUGCCUGUUUCACCAGACACUGAAAAAUACAUAGAUCCUGAUUUUAAUUUUCAUGCAACUACACACAAGCAUUCCGACUUUGUGCAUCACUUUGAUUUCGAUGCGGAACUAACAACCCCGAAGAGCACACUUUUUGAUCAAAAAUAUAAAGAAGCGGUAGAUAGUAUAGAACAGAAGCUGGAACAUAUUGAUGAUUCGCAUGAAUUGUCGUCUGAAUCUGAAUCCAAAGAGAGUAUUAACCUCGACAAACUUUACGACGAAACGCAGAAGAAUGAUACCAAAGCCAACUUGAAUUACAUAAAUUAUAAAAAUAUCGUUAGCAACGAUACAGGCAGCAAAAACUCUUUGCACAAAGAUCUUGUAGUCGAAGCUGGAACAAAUUUACAUUUUCGAUCUUUCUAUAAUCACACAACUGUAACAGAUGAAGAUGAUAGUGGAAAUAACACGAUUGUUAAAGAUCCAGAUGAUGAGAAGAAAGUGGAGAGUUCUACUUUAUCCAAUUUAAUACCGGCUAAAGGUGAUUUGGAUAUCGCGGAAAGUUCGACGAGUAAAAGUAUUAUCUUAACGACCAGGAAAAGUUUUACUCUUACUAAACCCCCAUCAAAUAAGAAUUCCAGUCAUAUUUCUAUUUUGAGUAACAACAUUGAGACAGAAACUCUUAAGGCUGUUAAUCCUGUUGUCACAACAACAGCAAGACCUAAAGGUGAAACAGAAAUAGUUCCCGAAACACUUUCCAAAGGAACACCAAUAGAAGUGGGUAAACGACUGUUUACUUUUAAUGAUGUUCCAAGAACUGAAUCUACCAUAGACACUAAUCAUAUUAGCAAGAAAUCUGAACAGUUGUUGCAAGAAAAUCAAGUUAUUCCAGUUCACGUAGAACCUCCACCCUCAAUGCGAAACACCACCACGGAAGCUACACCUUCUGAAGAUAUAAGUCGAGUUAUGGAAAUGCCACCAAAAAGCGUAGUGCCUUUAAAAGGGCAAUUAAACCAAAGUGUAGAAACGUUGACUCCGAAAACGAUAAUUUCAAAUGAGGAAAAGGAUUUCGAAAAGAAUAACAUUUCUGUGAAUACAGAAUUCUCAAUAACAACAAACGUGCCACAAGAAAUGAUAACAACAAAUGUACCAGAAGUUAAAAUAACUUCCUUUUCAGAGGGUAGUACUGAACCAGUAAUACUAAAAAAAGUAGAAAAUGAAACAACCCUGCUAACAAAACAAGAAGCAACGACAUUCUCAUCAGAACCAGACACAGAAGUUUCGACUUUAGAUUUAGGAUCAACAUCAAUGUCAUCAAAUAUAGAAAUAACAACAAUUUUGCCAUCCAAACAAGAAACAACAACAAUUUUGCCAUCCAAACAAGAAACAACAACAAUUUUGCCAUCCAAACAAGAAACAACAACAAUUUUGUCAUCCAGACAAGAAACAACAACAAUUUCGUCAUCUCAACCAGAAGUAACAAUAAUUUCUUCAUCCCAGCCUGAAGUAACAACACCGUCAAUUCUAGAACCAGAAACAACGACAGUUUUUCCAAAAUCGGAGACAGUCACAUCUGAAACAACGACAACAUUGCCAACAAAAUUCAAAGAAAUUAUUAAUGCAACGAAAGAAACGGAAGUUGAAACAAUCACUUCAAUUGUAACUGAAACAAGUAUUUCGCCAUGGCAGAAAGUUACUGUCCAAACAACAAAUAUAGACAUUCAGACCACUUCUUCUCCGCAGUACGAAACUGAAUCAACGACAGUUAUUGAAUCUGAACCAACGACAGUUAUUGAAACUGAAUCAUCGACCAUUGAAAUUGAACUGUCCACAGUAUCGGAAGAAUCUGAAAAUACAACAUUUGCUUCCACAUAUCUGUCCGAUAGUACAGCGGCAACUGCUACAGAAACAAGUGAAAAUUCAAUUACAACACUGAAAGAAGAAACUACUACCGAGGUUGUGUUUAAAAAGGAUUCAGAGUCUGAGGUUGGAAAAAAUACUAUGACUACAGAAAAUACUGUGCGAACAUCCAAAGAAAUGGUAUAUAAAAACAUUACUACACCUUCAACAUUUGUAAUAACCGAGGAAGUUACCACAGUUAAAUCGUCGGAGACAACUUUGCUGGAGACUACCACAGAAAAAGUCAUAGAAACAACUACUAAACAAAUAAAAGUUGAAGAACCUGAACCAACUGCGGGAGUUGUUACUCAUACACCCGGUGUUCCUGAAUUUAAACAUAUCGAACACACUGAUUAUUCUGUCGAUAUAAAAAAUACGACAGAAUAUAAUGCGAUGGCGUCCGACUUUUACGAACACAGUACUAACAAUACCGAUCCACCUGAAGAUAAUAGUGGAACUAUUGCUGCUAUUACUAUUUCUUCAAUAGGAGCUGUUUGUCUUAUACUUCUAGCAGGUCUUUUGGUUAUUAUGCGCAAAAGACAAAAGCGGUUUAAUUAUGGUCAAAGAUGUACUCCAGUAAGCCUCGACGAUUAUAGUAUGGAUAAUGUAUCAGUUUACAACAGUGUGAGAAGGAAAGGAAUGCUUAGAGGCUCGAAAAGAUCAUAUGGAAAUCCUGCUUUUGAAGACCCUGUUUGUGUUAGUCAUCCAUUAAAUUUUCCUGCUCUUGGAAAAUUUGCAACUAACUUGGAGGACAUUAAGGCUGAAUUUGAGGAAAUUCCACAAAUUACAGCAAGAACUAACGAACUUCCGGAAGGGUGUGACACUAAGAACAGAUACGCUAAUGUUAUACCCCUUCCUGAAACACGUGUUUUUUUGAGUUUGAUUGAUGGUUAUCCCAACAGCGAUUACAUCAAUGCUAAUUAUGUUACGGGACCCAAAAAUACAAAAGGGUAUUAUAUUGCCUGUCAGGCUCCUCUACAAAAUACAGUUGAUGAUUUUUGGAGGAUGAUUUGGGAGCAACAGUGUAAAGUUGUUCUAAUGUUAACUCACCUGUUCGAAAACGGUGUUGAAAAAUGUGUAGAUUACCUUCCGCCAUCUGAAGUUUUAGAUUGUCAUCGACUUUUUGGAGACUUCCAGGUAACUCUGAAGAAACGCGAAGUGAAAGACAAAUAUAUAAUUUCCAGUUUACAACUAAAGAAUAUGGUUUCCAACAGUUGGAGAGAAGUCACGCAUUUCUGGUAUCUGGGCUGGCCUGAAAAAGGGGUACCAUUAGAAGCCAACUCUCUAAUAGCUUUCCUCAUCGAAGCCCGAAGUUACAUGAAGUCGUCUUCUUUAGAUAGGAAGGAAGUUACGAAUGGAAACUUGACCAAUGGUAUGACCAAAAACGAACUGAAUCCUGUGGUGGUUCAUUGUAGCCCUGGAACGGGACGUACAGGGGUGGUGAUAGCUUGUGAUAUUGCUAUAAGAGAAUUUGAACAAACUCGUCUUAUUGAUGUACCCAGGAUAGUGUAUAAGAUUAGGAGAGACAGGGCUAGUGCAGUACAAACGAAGGAACAAUAUGCAUUUAUUUACAAGGUCAUCAAUCUUUAUGCAACUAAACUUACAGGGGGUGCUUUAGAUUCGUUAUAAAUAUUUUAUUAAAAGAAAUUUAAAGCGUUUGUUUGUGAUACAUGUAUUUGUUUUUAAGAUUUUGGUCACUGAGUGUGUGAAUUGUCAGAAGGAUGCUUACAUGCUAAUAAGAUUAAAGUGUGUAGAUAAAGAUAUUUAUUUUUACAUAACUUUAAUAGAAGCGAACGAGAUUACAUUUCUGGAUAUUACUAUCUGUUAGGAAUUGGGUUUCUGGAAUAGUGACCAACAAUUUUAUGUGUUGUUCAAUUCUGUUUCUAAUUUGGAAAACAAACACAAUUCUAUGUAAAUAUGUAUUUUCAUGUAUAUAAAGGUCAUAUUGCUCUCUAUGCAUGUAUUAUUUAGUUGAUUUAAAGUGUAUUAUUUUUGUAUAGACAGUUUAUUGUUAUUGUAUAAUAUUAAACUAUUAUGUAGUGAAAUUUGUUGAGCUGUUACGUUCUAUAGAGAUUUAUGUUGUUGAAUUCACAGAAGCUUGUGUUCAAUGAUUAAAAAGAAAUAAAAUUGUAUGAAUGCGA